AUGAACCAAUUAGAAGAUGAGAUUAUUGAAGCAUUAACGAAAUUUGUUCAAGAAGAUGGGAGUUUUGCCUUAUUACUAAGUUUCCCCAAUGGUUUAGUUAAGUUCCACUCCUCAGAUGACUUUAAAUCUUAUAUUGAUCUAUUCACUCAGGAUCAGACAGAUCCAGCAAACUCUCAAUCACCUGCUUCAUUAAACAAUAACGUUGAUACUCCUAAACAAGAAACACAAGAAAAAGGACUAAUUCCACUGGUUAGGGCUUUAGAAUCACCAACUUUUGAGCUACACUUAUCUUCCAAGAGAGAAGUCAUGAACCAUCUAAGAGCAUGUUUUCGUGAAAUGCAGCAAUUGGCUUGUAAGACAAUAGCAAAGGCCUGGAUCAAAGCCAUUGAGCCUAAGAAACAAACCAACUUUCCAUAUAAUAGAGGAAAUGAUUCAAGACCACCAUGGUGGCCUUCUCAUAUUCGUCAUUGUGAGCCUGAUCAUUUGGUUAAGAGUGAAAGAAUUGAUUUAUUGGUUGGUAUUGCACGUCAUGAAGAUACUGAUGUUAGAAAAUUAAGAGAUGCUACAAAUAGGGUUCCAAGUUUGGAUAAGCAUAGGUUGAAAGUUUUAGAUGAGGUUUAUUUAUUAGUUAAGACAGAAAAGGAGGAAGGGGAAGGAACUUUACUUGUUAGUGAUUUUGAGAAUGCGACAAGACUCUCAACAAAGAAAAGAAAACCAGUGAGAGCUGUCCCAUUUAGAAGAAGAUACGUAAAGAAAGUUGAGCUUGAAGAUGAUGAUUAUGACCAAGCUGAUGAAACUAAUGAUCAAGUUGAGGAACAAGAAAAGCAAGAAAGUCAAAUCGCAGAAGAUACCACACUUACAGAAGAUGAAGUUCCAGUAGAGGAGGAAGUUCAAAAAGAGAAUGAUAUAGCUGGUGUGUCUUCAGUGACUGAUCCACCACCUAGCAGAAUCUUUGAUGCUCCACCAAGUGCGUUUGAGAAUCCAGGAGCGUCAAGCUCGCUUCCAGAUGAAGCAUCAACUACACCUCCACCUCCAAAGAGAUAUACAUUCAGAGAUUUUGUCAAGACUACACCAAUAGGAACAACAACUACAGAAGAUGGUCGUGUUUUUCCAAAUGCUUUCAAUUUACAAAUGUUUUCAGCAAGUAGAGUUGAUCCUGAAGUCUUGGAACAAUCUUCAAGAUAUCCUGCUUAUGCGCAAUCUCCUCAGCAAGAUGAAGAUGAAUUCGAACAAGAUGACCAUAUAUGGUGCUAA